AUGACAAAAAUACGUGGGAAGCCCGACGAGCUGUGGCCUUAUCCCAACGGCAGGCCUGGCUCAUCCACCGUGAAACUGAGAACUCGCCCGGAGAGGGAAGCAAUGGGGGAGAGGAUGGAUGGACUGGACAGAGCGGUGGGCACUGGACAAAAGGCCCCAUGGUCGUCUGCUUUAAGUGCCCCCUGGGGAACAAGGGUUGAAGAGGAGCUCGACUGGAAUGGAGCAACAGCUGCAGCUGGGACUGAAAGUGUCAGUAUGGCAACAUCUGCGGAUAAAAGCCACAGUAUGAUGUGGGCAAGAUUUCAUAGCGAAUCAGCAAGUAGGGUUGUGAAAUUAUUGAGAAAAAGUAAAAGUAUGGAUACACUACUGCAAUCCACCAACUGGAUACUAAAAGAUAUUCCAGAUUAUGAUACAGUUGAAACUUUACUCCCUUCAUCUCUACCAAUGGCGCCACUUACAAAAUGGGAGGUUCUGCUCCAUCAGCACGGAGAAGACCAUUUUUUGGAAUCAAGAAGGAAAUUGACAACUAGCAGCAGCUGUCCAUCGCUUGUGUACAGGCUGGAAGCAUCUGUUUGUGAAGUACAUAGUGUCGUUCAAUCUCGUUCUGAAGAAAUUCCAAGUGUUACCAAUCAACCUGAAGCUGUUUCAUGUGAGGAAACGAAUCGGUUAGCUAUAGACCUGGAUGCCUUUACUAUGGAAUCAGUACAAUGUACAGAUGAUGACAGUAAAAUGCCAGAUCAGAAUGACGAGUUUUUCUCUUGGGCAUUGGAGAGAGCUGAAAAGGCAAAUAUUAAAGACCGAGCUUUUGAAGAAUUUGUGGUGGAAGAAAAGGAAGGAUUGAUUUUGGAAAAUGACUACCUUAGCCCAACGGUGCCUGUUGGUAAACUGGUAACUCAAAGAACAAAUGCUGGGCCCGCAGCCAUGGAGGAGACUCCAACAGGAAUUAAUGACUUCCAUUCAGAAUAUUUUGCUACGAUGAAGGAGCCUGAAUAUAAAGAGAUGGUGCCUGGAGUUAAUACAAAGUGUGAUAAUGUUGAGAUGGAUCAAGCGUUCCAAAAGAUGGAACCAGCUGCAGAAUCUGAACAUCUUGCACAGUUUUCUUCAUUGAACCUUAUACUCAACCAGCUUCAUGCUGUCAGGAUCACCUCUGAAGAGUUACUGCUGGAUUUGCUAGAUGGGUUAAUGUUUCCUGAGAUUCUGUAA